AUGCAGCGCCAGGCGGGCAAGCCAAUCGUGGCCAUCGGCGUCGGCGAAGCCCACUCGAUAUUCUUGUCGGCGCAAGGACAACUCUUCAGCGUCGGUUGGAACGACAAGGGGCAACUGGGGGCGACGAAAGCCGGGGCCAUUCCCCGAACACUUCUCGAGGCAUCAGUGACGUCGCUGGCGGUCGGCCAAGACCAUGCCGUCGCGUUGUGUGCCAACGGGAGUGUCUACGCGUGGGGUGGCAACAAGCACGGCCAGCUCGGCCUCGGGCAUCUCCAAGUGGCAUCGGCGCCGACGCGCGUGCCCGUCUCGCAGCGCCGAGUUGUGGCCAUCGCAGCCGGGGACGCCCACACUGUCGCGCUUCUCGAAACCGGUGCGAUUUACGGCUGGGGUCACUCGAUGGGACGCUUGCCUCAGAAAGUGUCGCCACCCACGCGGUUCGUCGCCGUCGGUGCCGGCAGCUGCUUCUCGGUCGCGCUCAGCGCUGGAGGCACGCUAUUUGCGUGGGGCCAAGGCACCCACGGCGAACUCGGUCUCGGUGACCACGUAACACACGUCGCGACACCGACUGCGUUGGCCGUGUCGAUUGCAGCCAAGCCCGUCAUGGUGGCCUCCGUGAGCUGCGGCGCCCACCAUGUGCUGGCCCUCUCACGCUGCGGGCACACAUUUGCCUGGGGUCACAACGCCAGAGGCCAGCUCGGGCUCGGCGACCUUCGCGAUCGCUUUGCGCCGACUCGGCUUCGUGCCCUGGACGGACUUGCGGUGAUAGCGCUGACGGCGGGGCUACACGGCUCUGUCGCCGUCGUGUCGGCGAAAGCAGCGUUGCCCACGUCGGUGGUGUACAUCUGGGGCGACCUCGGGUCCGUGGCCAUGGUGCCGAGCGAGUCCGUGGCCGCCGACGCGGUCGUUCUUGGCGCGACGGACAAGCGACUGACACCAACCAAGUUUUUACAGACGCCGGCAGCCGACGCGCCGACGCAGCGCAUCAGACGUACACGGCUCUGCUGCACGCGCCUCCACAGUUGCAUUCGUCACAUCGCGCGUGGCUGCUAA